GCUCUCUGAUCAAAGAAUUUAAUUUCUGAUUUUUUUUUAAAAAUAUUUUAUUUUAGUCUCAUCUCAUUUACACCUCUCAACCAGCCAUUCUUCAAUUUCCCUUUCAGUAAAUUUGACCUUGCAGGUUCCUUUUUCUAGUAAAAAACCAUUAAAAGAUCUCUCUUUUAGAGUCUUUAUCACAACCCCAUUUACUUAUAUCUCUUCUCUCAUCCAAUUCUUUCAUAUUUUCAUCCAUUUCCUUAAAAAACCUCUGAAAGACUGAACCUUUUUUUACUCUUGUGUUCAUUUCCUAUUAUCACAAGCCAAAAAGUUUGAAUCUUGGUGAGUUUUUCUUAUAGUUUUCAAGAAAAUAUGAAUUGGGGUCUUGUUAAAAUUCAUGAAAAGUAGUGUUCUUUCAUAUUUUCAUCUAUUUUUUUUUUUUUUUGCUGAAAACCUAUCAAAGAUUGAAACUUUUGUGCAUUCCGUCACAAAGCAAAAAGUUUGAAUCUUGGUGAGUUUUUCUCAUAGUUUUCAAGAAAAUGUGAGUUGGGGUGUUGUUAAAAUUCAAGAAAGUAGUGUUCUUUCACAAUUUUCAUCUAUCUUCUUACUGAAAGAUUGAAACUUUUUAAGUCUGUUUCCAUUUUCUUGAUCAUUUUCCUAUUGUCAAAAACCAAAAAGUUUGAAUCUUGGUGAGUUUAUCUUAUAGUUUUCAAGAAAAUAUGAGUUGGGUUUUUGUUAAAAUUCAAGAAAGUAGUGUUAUUUCUCCAUCAAAUCAACCACUUUUCCUCCUUCAACCACCACCACCACCACCCUUAACACCAUUUCCUACACAUGAUUCUAGUGGUAGUAAUGGUGGUCUUUUCAAUUUGAAUAACAAAGUAAGUCCAAGUAUACUUCUUGUUAUCAUAAUUCUUGCAAUUAUCUUCUUUAUUUCUGGUUUACUUCACUUACUUGUUAGAUUCUUAUUAAGGCCAACAACUAGAGAUCCAGAUGAUUUAGACAAUGUAACAGCACUUCAAGGUCAACUACAACAACUUUUUCACUUACAUGAUUCUGGUGUUGAUCAAUCUUUUAUUGAUACAUUACCUGUAUUCAAUUACAAAUCAAUUAUUGGUGUAAAAGAUCCUUUUGAUUGUGCUGUUUGUUUGUGUGAAUUUGAGCCAGAAGAUAAGCUUAGAUUACUCCCUAAAUGUAGCCAUGCUUUUCAUAUGGAGUGUAUUGACACUUGGCUUUUGUCUCAUUCAACUUGUCCUCUUUGUAGAGCUAGUUUAUUGCCUGAUUUCUCUUCAUCAAAUAACAACCAUAGUUGUUCUCCUAUUGUCUUUGUUCUUGAAUCUGGUAGUGAAAGUUCAAGAGAAAAUAUUGUUCAAAAUAGUCAUGAAUUUGGAUCAUUGAGAAGGAAUAAUUCAAUUUCAAGACUAAGUUUAAGUUCCCAUUUUGAGGAAAUUAAUGUCCAAGAUGUUGUUGUGGCAAAAACUUGUGAUGAAAUUCAAGGAAAAGUUGAGGAAGUUGAAAAAGUUGUACAAGUGAAGUUAGGAAAAUUCAAGAAUGUAGAGCCACAAGAAAGUGAAGAAGGAAGUAGUAAUAAUAUUGAUUCAAGAAGAUGUUUUUCAAUGGGAUCAUUUGCUUAUGUUUUAGAUGAAACUAGAGCUUUACAUGUUCCUAUUAGAAAAACACCCUCAAAAAAGAGUUCAAACAAGAAGCCAAAUUUGCCACCUUUGACACCAGGUCAUAGACAAGCAAUGUCUGAAUGUGGUUGUGAUUCAAGAAGAGAAUUCAAUGGAUUUGAGGGAUUCAAAUUUGCUGAAAAUCCCAUGCAAAACAACAUUAAUGUCAAUGAAAACAAGAUUCUUGAAAAUGGGAGUUGUAAAAGAGAGAGCUUUUCAGUUUCCAAGAUUUGGUUAAGGGCAAAAAAAGAUGAAAAUAAUAAUUCAAGAAGGGCUUUUUCUUUCCGGUUCCCGGUUAGCCGGAAUAUUCCAGCCGCGGCGGUUCCAGGCGGCUCCGCCGCGGCCAAGAAUGGUAUUGGUGGUGGUGGUGGUAGUAGGAGGACUAUUUCUGAGAUUGAUAUUGGUACAUGGGAAAAAAAUGGAGGAUGUGAUGAAGAAAAUCAAUGCUACAAUAGAUUGGAAUUUCAACCAAAAACUCCAUCUUUUGCAAGGAGAACUCUUCUUUGGCUUAUGGGAAAACAAAACAAAGUUGUACACUCUUCUUUCUCAUCAAAUCUCUAGUUUUUUUUUUUUUUGAAUUUAUUUAUUUUCAAAUUUUGUUUGAUAGAUGUAGAGGUGAAUUACUAGGGAGGAGGGAAAAAGAAUACAAUUAUGGAAAAAAGAAGAGAAGGAAAAAUAUUUGGAAGUUUGGAAUAGUAUCUCAACACAACAUUUUGCAUCUUCUAUAUCAAAUUGCUUAUUAGAUGAUCAA